AUGCCAAACGGUAUCAGCAAGCGCCAGCAGUUGCGCCAUGAGAAAGCCUUGGCCGAGCUGGUCCGGUCUGUUCCUGGCAAUGACCGGUGCGCCGAUUGCGAUGCCCCGUCCCCAGGAUGGGCAAGCUGGAAUAUGGGCAUCUUCCUUUGCAUGCGAUGCGGCGCAAUCCACCGCAAGCUGGGCACACACAUUUCCAAGGUCAAAUCAUUGAGUAUGGACACUUGGUCCGCGGAGCAGGUCGAUAGUAUGAAAUCACACGGCAACCUCCUUAUGAACAAGAUCUAUAAUCCCAAGAAUAUCAAGCCGCCUGUCCCGACCGACGUUGACGAAGCCGACUCGAGCAUGGAGCGUUUUAUUCGACAGAAAUACCAGUACCGCUCGUUGGAGAAUGGAAAGCCCAAGCCCCCAAGCCGGGACGACGAGAGUUAUACCAGGAACCGUGAGGACAGACGCGAACGCCGCCGUGAACGUGAAUAUGAACGCGAACGAGACUCAUCCCCCGAGGGAUCGCCUCCUCCACUUCCGCCCAAAUCCGGAUCUGGGUCUGGGUCCGGCAAGUGGUUCGGUCUACGGUCGUCGUCCUCAACCUCGAACCUUCGCCGAUUUGGGACUAAGAAGUCCCCGGCUCUCGAACAGCGGCCGUGGUCCCCCCCACCCCCGAGGAAGGCCAGUGGUCUCGGUGCUCCGGUCGCAGAUGUCACGACUGACUCGUUCGAAGCGAAGAUGGCUGCUCUGCGGGAAAUGGGUUUCAAUAAUGACCGACGGAACGAGAUGGUGCUCCGCGGGCUCAAUGAGAAUCUUGAUAAGUCUAUUGAGACACUGGUGAGACUUGGUGAAGGUAGCGGUGCUUCAUCACGGUCCAGGACGCCCGCACCAGCUUCUACCACAGCACCUGCGGCGCGUGCGACAACCCCGAACCCACCGGCUUCUGCUAGUACGAACCCAUUCGAUAGGGCUGUGUCGAAUCCAGUCCCCCAGCCGCAGUCUGCAUCUUAUAACCCGUUCGAUCAACCGACGGCCACGACGAACGUUUCGGCGCAACCUCUAGAAUCAUCCUUCCAGAACCUCCAAGUCUCCCAGCCGUUGUUCCCACACUCGACUGGCGGAUAUCCGGCCCAAACAGGCCUGAUGCCUCAGACACAAUACCAACAGCCUUAUACGCCUCCUGUUACGGCCACUUUCUCGCAGAACCCUUACGUCUCCUCGCCUCAGCCAAUGGACAACAGCUAUAACCCGUUCUUCCAGACAGCGCCACAGCAGAACGGCUUGGGUGCUCAAUCUUACCCAAACCCGAGUGCGCCCCAGAACAACCCGUUUUUCAACAAUGCACAGCCUCAACAGCAGCAGCAGCAAGCACCUCAACUUUCGGUGCCUCAACCGCAACAUGCAAACACCAUGCCCGCGUUCUCUUCAAGCUCGCCCUUCGGCACCUCUCCAUUUGGCUCUUCGCCUUUCCAAUCGCAGCCUCCGCAGCAACAACCACAGGCUACUGGCAUGGGUCAUGGAUCUUAUAAUCCAUUCCAGCAGUCAAUGGGACAGACUCCUCAAAAUGCCGGUGGUUAUCCCAACCAGUUCCAGCAGCAGCAGCAGCAGCAGCAGCAAUUUCAGCCGCAACAGCAACAAUACCAGCAACAUCAGCAAUUCCAACAGCCGCAGCAUCUCGCCCCUCAACUCACCGGCCGAAUGGAUAAAAAUAGCAUUCUCUCUUUAUACAACCUCGCUCCGUCCCAACCCACCUCAAUCCCUUCAAUCCCCGAACAAUAUCAACCCCAGCCCACAGGAACCAGCCCCGUUCCACCCCUAACGAACUCCCUCAACUCCACCCCCCAAACCCAACCCGGCUCAAACAUCACCACCCCCCAACCGAGCAACGGCAUGACCACCACAGCAUCCCGCAACCCCUUCGGCGCCGCAACCGUCGGCUCAGGCCUUGCCGCCCAAGCCGGCGUCAACUACCAACAAACCCCCGGCCUAGGAAUCGGCAUGGGCACCAACGCCGCCCAAUCCCAGGGUUUGAACAUGAACAUGAACCCAAACAUGGGAAUGGGAUUGAAACCUUCCGCGCAAGGGCCCCCUCCUUCAAACGCAUUUCCUCGAAUGCACAUUAGCCAGCCAAGCGUGGACAUCAACGGCCUCCAAAACGGCCGACAUAGCCCAGACGCAUUCGCCAGUCUGAGCGCUCGCUACGGUUAA